UUUAUUAAAACGCAAAAACGGAAAAAACACACGCACACACUCUCUCUCUAUACUAUACCUAUAGCCGAAGUAAAAUACUCCCUACCUUGUACUUUUUGUUUUUGUGUUUUUUUUUUUUUUUUUUUUUCUUUGUUUCAUGGCUAUGGGUUCUGCUUCUGGUUGUGUUUGGAGGAGCCCUUUGUCUUUCUCGUGUUCUAGUGCUUCUUCUACGACGUCGUCUUCGUCCAACGAUGACGUGGCGGAUCGGAUGGUGAAGAUUGAGCUUGAGGCGGCGGAGGCUUUAGCUGAUUUGGCGCAUUUGGCGGUGAGUCUAGAGAGUAGUGGCGGUACUGGCUGUGACUCACCUGGUGAAUGGGGAAGCAAAGGAAAACGAGCCAAGAAGCGAGUCAAGAGCGAGUCUCCCCCGGCUGACUCGGCGUUGAAUAACUCGAACCCCCCGCUAGUACUGGACUCGGUUCCUACCUCUUCGGAUCUCGCUGAGCAGGAUCAAACAGUAGCAAGUCUGCAGCAAUGUGAAAAGAUAUGCACUAGUGUAUUUAAAGAACCAGAAAAAGAGGAGCAGGACCCAAGCAAGACAGAUUCAAAGGAUGAGCAGGAUUCAGAAUUGCCUAAACCAACUCCCAACUGUACGAUGAGUUAUGCAUCAUUUGGUUUCCGUAAAUCAAGACGAAAUUUAACUGAGGCUGAAAAGGAAGAACGGAGAAUUCGUAGGGUGUUAGCAAACAGAGAAUCAGCCAGGCAGACCAUUCGCCGUAGGCAGGCUCUUUGUGAGGAGUUGGCCAGAAAAGCUGCUGACCUACAAUGGGAGAAUGAAAAUUUGAAGCGGGAAAAGGAGCUGGCUUUGAAAAAGUAUCAGUCCUUGGAGACCACAAAUAAACUCUUAAAGGAGCAAAUGGUAAAGGCAAUAAAGGUUGAGGUUGAGGAAACUCCACCUGAGCAUAAGUCAGUUGAUGUUGCAACCUCUACGUCUUCAUCUACAAAUUGCCCUUUGUUCUUGUUUGACCGUCCUCCACUUAUGCCUGUUUUCUGGCCUUCCAUCAUUCCAUCUCAAAAUCCUGUUCCAUCAUUACAUGGGAGACAAAGUGCUACUGUCAUUCCGUCAAACAUUGACAUGCCAGGUACUUGCAGGCCUGAUAUUUCUCUAGAACAGGAUAACCACAUAGCUGUCAAUGGGCCUAGAACCCCGUUUUAUGUAUUGCCAUAUCCUUGGUUCUUCCCUCUUCCUGAUCAUGGGAAUGGACUCCAACCUCAUCCCUCCAUUGGCAUGGAAAAUAAACAGGAAGAAACUUCUCAUAAUAACCAAUAUAGUGCUAGUUCAUCUUCAAAUACUGUAGUUCAUGUAGAGAACCACCAUUGCUCUCUGCCCAUUAAAGUAAAGACAGAAGCUACUGCUUCAACAGAAGCCAGACCUACUAAUGACCUAAACAAGACCUCAGUUGGGUGCCCUUCAGAUGGAGGUGGUCAGCAUACAGUAGUCCACUCUAAUGAGAUGCUCUUUACACCUGCACCACAAGAUUGUGUACAACCUGCAUCUACUGUAAACCACGAGAACAGGCUCCAAUCAGAUUACACUUUGAGUGAAAAACCUUCAAAAUCUUGUCAUAUUGUUACUGCUUUGCCAGAAAAGAAUCAAGAAUUGGCCAUUUACUCAAAUAAGAAGCUAACGGAUGCGGUUGCUGCAGCAGAAGCGAGAAAGAGGAGGAAGGAACUGACAAAGCUUAAGAAUCUCAAUGGCCGUCAAUGUCGAAUGCAUUGUUGAGUUUUAUAGCCAAGAUUUGGCUGACGAGUUCAAAAGAAAAGCUUUUUGUCCCCUAGUUUUUGUGUGGGUUUAAUGCUUAGUUCUUAACAAAUCCUUGGAAAUUUUGCCAAGCUCAGAAUACUUAAUCAUAACCAUAAAAGGCCCUUGAAGGAACAGAGGCAGGCAGGCUUGUAAUCUGAUGUACACUGCUCAAGGUUAAAAACUUUUUCUUAUUCUUCUAGGUUAGGUUAACAUGACAAAUCUUCAAGGAAGGGAUAAGAGUGAUUCUUCAAGAGAAAGUAUUAUUUCCGAGUGGUUUAUCCUAGGAAAUUUUGUUGAGUAAAUGAGUACUGAGUUGAUGGAACAAUUCUUCAGGGCUUUAAGUUAGAAAAGGGCAGCAAACGAGAAUCACAGGGUGCUGACGUAUUGUAACCAUACAUCAUGAGUCAUGACUUGUACUUUUGCAGCAAGAGAAGAGUUCAUCAGUGAGGUUUAGCUAAUGGUAUUGAACUGCUUAUUUUGGUUUAUUUAUACUCUUUUAAGAGUCGGUUGACCCCAAAAUUUCGAGACUAAGACUGUUGUUGUAAUCUUUACUGUUUCCGGAGUCACUGUUGUAUCUGCAGGAUUCUUAGUUGUAUUGCUUAACAAGUAGGCACUAUCUUUAAAUAUAUCAUUUAACCUUAUAUUCAAU